ACCAGAGUGCCCAGCUGAAGACGGCAUUUGGCUAAUGAGCAAGGUGGUGAGGUCAUCAAGUGAGUCAGAGGUGCAGCUCUGGGAAACAGAAGAAGAUGACAUGACAGAAGGUGAUUUGGGGUAUGGCCUUGGAAGAAGACCUGGUGGUAUUUAUGAAGUGGAAAUUUCACAAUUACUUACAUCUAGAAAAAGAUCAGAUGGAAAGAACUUUAGCGCUCCCCCAUUGCCAAGAAAGGAGGAAGAAAGAAGUGGAGGCAUUUUUCAAUAUUCCAAACAUAAGAGCGUGCAAGAUACAUACCCUCAAGGAUCCAGAAUUUCCAGUUACAGAAGACAAAGUAGCACUGAUUCGACUUCAGAAUUGUCAACUGAAGAAUUAAGGCAAUAUCUUCAUGAAACUUUAGAGGAGGUAGAAAUUUUAAAAACUGAACUUGAGGCAUCUCAACGACAACUUGAAAGUAAAGAGGAAGCACUGAAAAUUCUUCAAAGCAUGGCAAUACUUGGCAAAGCCACAAGUCAUACCCAGGCAGUGCUUCAAAAAACUAUGGAACAAAAGAGAUUCUUGGAGAAGGAAAUAAAUGCCUUACAGUGGGAAAUAGAAUUUGAUCAGAAUAGAUUUAAAAAUAUAGAAGAAUCUUGGACUAAAAAAUGUGACAGUUUUCAGUUUUUGAAUCAACAGUAUUUGGAGGUCCUCGCCAUGCUUGAUAUUAAACAGCAGAAGAUGGCUCAGGAAAACAUGUGCCAUGAUAAAAGUGGCUUUGCAGAGGUUUCAGGUCUUGAGCUUGCAGUCCUCGGAGCCUGCAUCUGUCAUGGUCCUGGAGGGAGCCCCUGUUCUUGUGCCAAAAUGGCAGCAUCCACUCGGAAACUACUUCUUCAGCUCAAACAAGAGGUAUUGCAUUAUCUCAACAGCAAUAGCUUUGGACAUCCAUCACAGAGGAGUAAGAAGACCUUAGGGCAGAAACUCUUGGGUAUGCUCCCUUCAGAAAACAGUUCCAAGCGAACAGAAGACCAGGAUAACCCUCAAGAAGUCUUUAAGAUAUUAAUAGAUUUGUUGAAUGAUAAAGAAGAAGCUUUGGCACAUCAGAGAAAAGUUAGUUACAUGCUUGCUCAGGCAUUGGAAGACAAAAACACUGUCUCAAAAGAGAGUGAAGAAAAAAAUCCUAUGAAAGCGAAUUUUCCAUUCAAAAACCCCCGGCACAAAACUUCAGAAUUCUCUGUUUUGCAUGAUCCUGUACAUUCAAGUGUCCAAACUUUUAAUUCUGUGGGCUGCAUUUGUUCAAAUCAGCACCCUCAAACAGAUCCAAACUACACAAGAACUCUUAAAAGAUCCUGUUCUUUGCCAUCAAGUAUCAUAUUUUGAAGACAAACCAGUUGAAAUUAGAACUGAGAGCUGUUUAUA